ACACCACACCCAUGGCCUGCUACGACUCCUGCCGUCCCUGUGGACCCACCCCACUGGCCAACAGCUGCAACGAGCCCUGUGCCUUGCAAUGCCAGGAUUCCCACGUUGUCAUCAACCCUUCUCCUGUGCUGGUCACCAUGCCAGGACCCAUCAUGACCUCCUUCCCCCAGAACACCGCCGUUGGAUCCACCUCCUCGGCUGCCGUGGGCACUGAACUCAGUGUACAGGGACAGCCCAUCUCGGGUGGAUUUGGUGGAUUUGGUGGCUUUGGCUAUGGCCGUGGAUUUGGCUACGGGCUGGGCUGUGGCUAUGGGCUGGGAGGCCUGGGCUGCUAUGGCAGAAGGGGUGGCUACAUCUGCUAAGGGCUCUCAGCACCACCCCUGACACCAACCACCAGCUCCCUGGAACACAUCUCAGGCAUUGAGGAUGCUUCUCUGGUCCAAGGCUCUCAGAUGGACUCAGUGCUCCUAGCUCCUGCUCUCAGGGCACCAAGCAAGGCAGCAGACAAGGAGCCAACCUGGGCUGCCCUGGAAACAUGGCCCAUCUGCCUCCUGCUCUUCUCCACUCCUUGCUCUGCUUGGCCCCUUCAGCUCUGUCCAGCUGUCUCUGCUGCAAACCCCUUCUCCCAAACCAGGGACCCUUGGGCACCUCUGCUAAGCUGCUCCCACUGUGGAACCCUUGGUGGUCUGGCCAAACCAUCUGCAAGCAAGGGGCCCCAGCUGAUGGUUGCCCUACUUGCACCUCAGACCAGCUGCCUUCCACUGGUUGCUCCUGAAUUUUUACUGUUCUACCUCAAUAAAG